GCUCUCUCAGAAGAAAUUAUUUUGCAUAGUACGCUGUGCGCGAUUGGUCGUGCGGCUGUCUAGCCACGUCACGUGACUUUCAGCCGUUCGCAUUGUCCAAUGGUACGAGACGCGACGAAACCCGUUCGUAUUCCGUCCUGCUGGGUGCGUUUUGUAGUAGAGGCAGGCCACGCAAAAUGGCUUCAAGCUGCGACAACGUCAUCGAAGAUCGUGUUAAACUCUGUGCCAACCGAGAAAACCCGACGUUCGAGCCAUCGUUGGAGAGGACUGGCGACGCCAACCCGAGCGGCGGCAGCCAUUUGAAAAAGCGAGAACAGCACAGCUGCCGGAAUCUGCCCGGACUGCCCCCAAGCAAGGCGUACGGCGCCGACCUCGCCACGGACUCUUCGCUGUCUGAGAAUGACGACGAAACUGACAUUGUAGCACCUCACGCGUCUGAGUGCGACAUGGAAAGCGCACAAGGAAAAGAAACAGUUCCACAAACCAUGCCGUUAGCCGAUCUGCCUUCGGUGCCCCAAGCUGCAGAAGUGGCCACCCAUGUGUCUGCUGCUAUCCCAAAGACAUUGCAGUCUGCGAAAAGCUGUGAGGUGCGACUGAAUGGCACCACAACAGCACAGCCUGUUCUUCUGCCCAGCAAAGAUGCUGCGGUGCUGCCGAACUGUGUGACGUCGACAGUGCCGGAGCCUACCUCUGGGCCCCCGUUAGCUGCUGCACCAGCAGUGGUGUCCAUGGCGCCAUCGCCUGCUUCUUUGCCGCAGCAAGCCACUCCACCCUCUGCUUGUUCCUUUGCGCCUUGCUCACAGACGUCGGAGCCAACCUCUACUGCAGUGCUCGCUAAGGUCAAGAAGGAUGGUGAGAAGAAGAAGCAGUCGACAAAGUCGGCCUCUUUGAAGUCCAGCUCCAAGUCUCACUCGUCAAACAACGGGGCUACCUCGAAGUCGGAAAAAAAACGGACAAAGUCAGAGUCUUCCGAUAGCAAGGAGCGACGCAAGAAACACAAAAGCCACAAGGAUGGUGAGCUGCACAGUUCGAAGUUGUCUAGUAGCUCUAAGGAGGGGAGGAAGCACACCGAACCUCCGGACAAGAAGCUGAAGAUUUCAAGCAAUGCGGUAGCUAAGUCCUCCGGCCACAGCAGCAAGAAGGACCAGCUCCCACACAAGACGAAGCCACCACCUCCCCCAGCUCCACCGCCAACAGCAACACCUUCCGUCACCGCUGCGGUGGCAGUGCAUCCCCAUUCACAUCAUCAACCCCCGUCGUCAACCCCAUCGUCCUCCUCAUCCACGCUCACGUUCUCUCCGGUGAAGAGUACUAGCAGCGGGAGUGGAAGCAGUUGCAGCCGGUGCAGGCGCAAGUGUGCUUCGCUGCGCAAUGUGGGCAUCCAGUGUAAAAAGGAGCGGCACAGCAGCGGCCACUCGACUUCGUCGUCUGCUGCCAGCAAUGCCCUUGGCCCUCCAGCUGUGGUGGUCGGUGCGUGGUCCCUCGUCCCGCGGAUGCCGGCUUCCCUGGAGUUUGGACACAUGCGCCUGGGACGCUUUGUGCGCCGGGAAGUGCACCCCAAUGGUGGAGGUGAAGUACUGCACCUUUACUGGGACGAAAUCUGUCAGCUUGAGCCAACUGACAUGAUGCGAUUGGCGAAAGAUUUCCUCAAGGAAACAUUCUACGAAGAUCCGCCCGGUGUUGCUCGCUACGUCAUGGGCAUUGUGCACGGUGCAGCGCAAGAUAUGCCGGAUUUUGUCGACUACUUUGCCGAGCACCAUCCCAACCUGGUGGUCAAGUGCGGUGUGCUGUGCCGCCAUUCGGACAUUGAGACUACUUCUAUGGUCAAGUUUCAGGAAAUGGUCGGGAAAACGUACAGUAGCGGCACAUACCGAGCUGGCCCCCUGCACCAGAUGAGCCUGGUGGGCACUGUGCACGAAGAAGUCGGUGGCUUCUUCCCCGAGUUCCUGGCAAUACUCGAGAAGUGCCCUUUCUUGUACCUCACCAUGCCCUGGGGUCCCAUGUCACAUGUGCAGAUGGAGUCACCUCAGGAGAGCAAUGACGGCCCCAUCCUGUGGGUGCGACCUGGCGAGCAGUUGGUCCCGACAGCCGACGUGAUACGAUCGCCAAACAAACGUAGCAGCGUGUCGGGGUCAGGAGCAAGACGCAGGGAUGAGCUACGCAAGUUGCAGUACUUGCCUCGUGCCUCGGAGCCGCGGGAGAUGCUCUUUGAGGAUCGCACCAAGUGUCAUGCGGACCAUGUGGGACAGGGCUUUGACAGACUCACCACUGCCGCCGUGGGUGUUCUCAAAGCUGUCCGUUGCAACACAGGGGGGGAAACCAACCGCAUCACCAAGGAUGUAGUCGCAUUCCAUGCUGGAGACUUCAACCAGCUGGUGGAAAAACUUCAGUUAGACCUUCAUGAGCCACCCGUUUCACAGUGCGUACAAUGGGUUGAAGAUGCCAAGCUGAACCAGCUGCGCAGGGAAGGGAUCCGGUAUUCCCGCAUCUCAUUGUGCGACAACGACGUCUACUUUCUGCCACGAAACAUUGUGCACCAGUUCCGCACGGUGACAGCAGUGUCCAGUGUGGCCUGGCAUGUACGUCUGCGCCAGUACUAUCCACAGGAGAGCACACCUCCGCCCAUUGCUGCUCAGAGUCCCGAAGCUGUGACCGUGAAGAAAGAGGUCAAAGCAGAGGACACGAAGCCUCGUAAGCGGGAAGCCGACUCAAAGCUGCCCAAGGAACCAUCUGUCAAAAAGAUUAAGCUGGAGCCGGGAAAAGGCGCCUCUGGCGAAAGAAAACCAGAGGAAAUUGUGGGGGCGGCGCAAUCAUCAGCAUCAGCAACACAGAAGAAGCACAGUGGGGACAAGCACAAGGCACCCAAGGAGAAAAAGGAGAAGGCUAAGGAGCUCGAUUCCAAGUCCUCUUCUUCUGAAUCCAAAGUGCAGCAGCCACAGAAGGUCCAUUCAUCUGCAACGCACGGACCUAAGCAGCAGCCCCCGAAGACGGCUGCCACGAAAGAGCAGCAGGAGGUCAAAGUGGAAGCAACACCUGAGAAACCGUUGGUUUUGUCAGCCAACCUUGACGCUCAAAUAAAAGUAGAGCCUGCAGAGAAUGACGCAUCCAUUGGUGCUGGUGAGAACAAUCAGGCGCCAUUGGCACUAUCGGCACCUUGUGGGCCACCUGCUGUAUCAACCUCUGAGACUCCGGCAACUUCAGUGCCCACAUGUGUGCGGACAGUCGAAGCAUUCAGCGGAAGUGCUUCCUCUUCAGGCACACCCUUGGUGACAACUGUUAGCCUGUCGGUGCCCAAGGCGAGUCCUGUUGUCGCGUCAUCCAAAACUGGCAAUUCUUCUGUUGCAGUGACUCUUCCUUCUGGUAAAAGUUCCCCUGCUGUACCUACUGUUGCUCCAUCUAUGAAAAACGAUUCUACAGUAGCUACAGACAUAGUGUUGAAUGGAAAAACCAAUUGUGUUAUGCCCACAGAAGUUUCACCCAAGGUUAAUUCGUCAUCAGCAGCAGCCACUUUAAAAACCUCUUCCGUCGUUACUUCUGCCAUCAUUUCCAAAAGCAGUUCCACAGCUACAAAUACAGUUUCGUCAAAAAACAAUUCCUUAACAGCAGCUGCUGCUCUGUCUCUGAAAAGCAAUUCUUCUGUGGCAAGUACUACCUCUUUGAAAGGUUUGUCUACAGGAGGCAGUGUUGCUUCUUCCAAGAGCAGUUCUACAGCAACCAGUGCAGUUUCUUCAAAGUCAAGCACCAUCACAGGCAGUGUAGUUUCAACUAAGAACAAUACUGCAUCGAAUCCAAGGUGCAGUUCUGUAAUGAGCACGGCACCUUCAAAAUCGGCAUCAGCAUCAAAGAUCAGUUCCACCAUCAGUGCUACGACUCCCACGAGUAGCAGCUCACUGGCUGCUAAUGUCGCAGCUUCAACGUCUAAAACUGAUAUGAUUGUUUCCAUGGUAGCAUCAUCAUCCCCCAGAGCCAGCUGUAUAACCACCACAUCAAACUCUCUCACACACAGAAACAGUUCAUCAUCCAUGACAUUGACUUCAAGAAGCAGUUCGUCAGCGGGAGCUUCUCUUCACAGCCCAAAAAGCAGCCAUGUCAGUGCAUCUGCCCUCCCAACUUCCAAAAGUAGUUUGGUCAACAUGGCAGCAGUAGUCUCAUCAGCCACAAAGAGCAGCAGUUCAUCUGCUGCCUCUGUACAUUCAGCAUCGAAAAUCGGUUCCGGCCUGACCACUGUUGGGCAGCAUGUGAUGCCUAAAAUUGGUUCCCUUACAUCUCCGUCAUUCUCCAGGAUCGGUUCCACAGUUUCCACGAUCAUUCAUGCAGCCCCAAAAAGCAGUUCGAUGGUUUCAUCAUCUGCCAUCUCUCCUCUAGAACUUCUGCUUCCUAUCACAACAGCCACUACAGCACCCAAGACAUCGUCACCGGCAGUCUCUUCUACAGUGCCAGCCAGUAAAGUCAUCUCUACUACUUUUGCCACGCGGCCUGUGUCAAGCUUGCUGACAUCGUCCAGUGCACACAGACCCAUGAUAACGUCAGCUCCCCUGCCUCCAUCUCGACCGUCAUCCUCUUGCAUGUCCAGAUCUGCACUGUCAUGCCAUCGUUCCGCUACACCACCUCUUCCUAGGCCCAUGCAACCAGCCUCGCUUCCAUCUUCUAUUGUGCGGACAACAAUGGCACCACACAUGCCAAUGGCCCAUUUGAGAACAGCUCCCCCUUCGGUGUCAUUGUCAUCAUCAGCUGCCCCCAUCGGCCGCUACGAAGAUUUCUCAAGGCAUUUGGGGCCCCCGUCAAGCCCCAUGUUCAGGGACAUGCCCAAGCCGCCAGCAUCUUUGCUGAGCCCAUCACUGCCGCCCCUUGCGGCUCCGGUCAUGGUUCCAUCAACCAUGGCUCCAGUCACUCCCCAGCUGUUAGCUCCUGCGGUUGUGCCGCACCCUACAAUUGUGGGACCCUUCGGAGAAGUCCCCGCCGCCUACCUGCCGUCCAUGGCCCACCCGCCGCCACACUAUGAUGCAGCAGCAUUGAACUAUCUGGCCAUGCCCAGUGGUGCCCCAGUUGCAUUCUCCGUGGCGCCUACCUUCCCAGUUCCGCCGCAGAUUGGCGUGCCGACCUACUGCCAACAGGUUGUGCCGCCACCUCCGGUCCCUGCAGCGGCAACUGAGCCGGAGCCGGCGACGUUCGACGAAUACGACGACCCGGGUACACCACUCAUGGACGAAGAGCCCCUGCAUGAAUCACCGACGCCUCCUCCAUACGAUUGCCACCAACCCUUGAGGGCCGAGGACAGCUCCAAGGUUGUCAGGACAUUGGACCUUCGGUGAGACAUUUCCUGGUGAUGGUGUGCUCUGACGGGUUUGGUGGUUUCAGUGUUUUCGUGUAGGGAACCAGCUCGCACUGUGGGCCAUGCUGAACUGUGCCCAUUGCAGUUGGGCUGAGCUUGACUGUUGCCCCAGCUCUCGCAACAAAAGAACAGAAGACAAACGUUUCCCGGUGGAAGCUACGUGCUGCGGCUCUUCCUUAGAAGCAGUGAGCGAGCUGAGCACGUGCGUUGUCACCCAGUUUCACUGUGCUCAUUAGAAACGCUGUGGUGAGGAGCACCUCUGCUCCAAAUGUGCAUUGACCUACCCCAUGGGGGCUUCGUGCAUCGUCAUCAUCCCCAUCAUGACCUCCAGGCAUGACUGAAAACAACUGUACAGCAUGUGGCAAGGUGUUCGUGAACUGCUGUUGUGGACGCUUGGAUGACAUCCUGAUUGUCAUUUGCAUGUACAACACCUUUGCUGCUGCGAAUGUAUAAGUGAAGGCUCUCUUUUGUUCCUUUGUGUUGUCUUUCUGUGUAAGGGUUUGUAAUUUUUUUCUUGUGUGUGUCACAUUAAGCAAGGCUUCGAGAUCAAGCUACCCGUUAUUGCCUUGUGCUUGAAUCAUGUCACAAAACUGCUGGUAGCACAAAUUUCUAUACACCUUUUUCCCCACUUUUCUGGUCAUAUUUGUUUGGUGGGUCAACAUAUAUGUUCUUGUGCUUAUUUGGAGCUUCUUUUUAUUUUUUUUCUAAGUUGCGGCAGUGCUUAAGUUUGACAUGUCUUCAGGCAGGUGUUAAAUGCUGGCGAGCAUUCUUCUGUAUUUCACCGCUUGACAUGUUCCGAAAAGGGUGGACAUGCGCUGUGUGAGCGAACCACUGUUGAUACGAAUGAAAUUCAUUUAUAUCCCAUUUUAAUUUAUUUAAUGUAUACAUUCAGUCGUCAAGAGGUUUACUCUGGCGUGCCUCUGAUCUUGAGCUCGACUGCGUAGGUAUGUGCUUUUUUUCCCCCCUAUAUUGUAAUUAUUUAAGUAUAAGAAAGCAAUGCAGCAUUUCAAGACGUGCAUGGACUGACCACAGUUUGCAUUAAUUAAGAAAGCUUAUUUAUUAUUAUUGUGCAUGUACUUUUUUUUACAGUUUACAACUAAGGGCAUGCCGCAAAUAAUUCUGUUCGCAAACUUUCAUAGCAUUAUGGUUCGUGAACCUCAAGACGUGCAUGGACUGAGCACACUUUGCAUUAAGAAAGCUUAUUUAUUAUUAUUGUGUGUGGACUUUUUUUUACUGUUUACAACUAGGGGCAUGCCGCAAAUAAUUCUUCUGUUUGCAAACUUUCAUAGCAUUAUGGUUCGUGAACAGAAUGCCACAUGUGUACUUGCAUGGAUCGUGAAAUUCACUGCUUUUAACACGAAGGCGUAUUGUGCUUCAAAUUGCAUUGCAACAUGCUGUAGUCUCUAUGUACUACUACAGUGGAAUUUUCAAGCGUGUGCUUCAGUCUCGGUUUGGAUUGUGCACAAAUCUGUAUGCCACUUCCCCCUUUCUUUGUGCUUCCAGUAAGUACAGAGACAUAAGACCGAGUUGUCGCUGCUGCUGCUGCUGCUUGCUUUUAUAAUUGGUCUUUUCCCUCGGUGCAGAGCACCUGAGCGAAGGUAUUUGCAUGAGACACGCAUGCUUCUUCACAAACAGAAUAGACCUCAUGAGUGGUGCAUGUGCUUGAACUGUUCGGAAGCAAACGCGCAAUGACUGAAGUGGUGUUGUAUGUUGUCGUGCUGUUUUCUGGCCUUUGACUGCACUAAUGUUUGCUACAAGUCUCCCCGAAUUUCCCGAGUGCGGAAGUAAAACUUUUGUUCACGCAGCUGCAUUGUGAUGAAAUCACACUGCAUUGUUUUCCUCAGACAUAUUGGGAAACCAGACUCUCACGAAAGAGACUAAUUAGUGCUGUUAUUUCUGGCUUUGGUUUUCAGGCUUUUUCAUGUUUUUGUCUACAUUUGUUGUCAUUUAUGCCUCAUUUGUUUUACUGAUAAUGGAGUUUUGCAGUUGAAAAGAAUUUUUUGUUUUAAUGUGAAUUUGUUACAUGUUACAAGCAGGAUUUAGUCUUGUUUGCUGUAGGAUACAAAUGUGCAGGCUUGCUAUUUUUUAAUGCUGGUGGUGUGUAUGACAUUACAGCACCAUUGCUUCUUUUUUUUUUUUUUUUUGCAUGUGUGUGUAUGUGUAGGCUCUUGCAUUCCGUAGAAUGUAAGGACUCACCACUUUAACCCCUUUCGUGCCACGCUUUUUACUGAAUUGCUACCCAAAUGGCCAUUUUUCUUACUGUAGAAUCCUUUACAGACAAUAUUUGAAGUGUUUCUUUGUACAAAAUUUCAGCUAUUUAUUGGAAAAUCUAAGCUUAACAGCUUAACACCACUAUAAGAGGAAAUUAAAGUGAAAAGUAUGUUUUGUAACAAAAUUAAAAUUGCAAGAAAAUAACAGAAUAGUCAGUGAGCUGCGCUCGUCCUUAGCCUCUUUUACCAGAUGUGUGCAGAAGAACCCAGCUUGCCUAUGGCACUUGAGGGGUUAAUGACAGUGGGCACUUGGUGUUGCAAGAAGUGGGAUGCAUGAAAGAAAGCUAUAAGUGAUGUUAGAAUAUCAUUGUUCUCUUAAUUCUUAUUUAUUUCCAUUCUUUUUUUUUUUUCUUACUGGUGGUUACUGCAGGAGAUACCACCUUCAAGAAGGUGGAAGCUUUUAGUUGCAAGAAAUGGCACACUUCAUAAAAAAAAAAAAAAGCUGUGCACGCACAUCUCUUACGAGUGCAAGAGGCACACCACUGUAGAGUUUUUACCUUAAGAGUGCGCUGUCACUUUUUUUAGCUUUUGUUUACACAUAGUUUGAUGCAUUUUGCACACAUGGUUGUGCUUUUUUAUGUUUUGGUGUAAGCAUACCAUUCCAGGACAAAAAGUAAAAAAAAAUGAUUCACGACAGUUGUAUAUACAUAUUUGGCAAACAUAUUCGGGGCUUGCCAAAGACAGAACUCCUAUAUUGAAGAGGGGUUUCAGUAGAAGUACUGCUGACAUGUAGUAGGGAAUGAUGAUUCAUCUCUGCAUCAUUUGUGCAUUGCUAAUUUGUUGAGUUGCUUGUGCUGCUUCAAUUAUUGUCUUGUCUUUGUUUGUGGUUGUGGACCAUUGAGGUGUGGUGAUUUGAGUCUCUGUAGUGGAGGGCGAGGAGGCAGCAGCGACUAAUUUUCUUCUGUAAAUAGGCUGAAGGCACGGGGUGGCCUGUACUCGACUAUUCUAUAAUGCCACUUGGAACAUUGGACAAAUGCUUUUUUGGAGGAACUUUGGUUCGGAAGUUUUGUCUUGGAAAGGGGCCUUGGAAAGAUUGUGUGGAAUGAACAAAGUAGCUUGGCAUUGUUGGAGGAUUAGCAAUUGUGGCAAUGGGAAUCGCUUUGGCUCGGGCCCAUUCUGCACUGUUAUGUGCAGUUAGUAUCGCUGCACUAAAACCAGUGUCUUUCCCGAGUCCUAAUGAAUGAAUUGGCAUUGCUUCUGGAGCCAUAAGACAUGCUAGCAUUGUAAGAAACCCCAGCCCACCCUUUCUUUUAAAAGGUGGGCAAAAUAUUUUUCAUCAGAGUUGCUCAGCAUUAUUUCUCUGAAAUAAAAGAAAUAAGGUUAGGACUAGUAAGUUGUCUCCAUGCAGUUUCAGCACAUUUAAUAAUGCAAGCAUUCGUGCUGUCCUCUGCUGCACCUGCAUAUUGGCAAGGCUCUUGCAAUAGUUAAGGGCUGGCCAGUCCAUGUCCUUGCUUGGUUGUUGGACUGUAAUUUAUUUCAUUGCAAGCUUCAAAAUUAUGCAAUCAUCCCAUAUCUUUCGCUGCCACAUAUAUAUAUAUAUAUAUAUAUAUAUAAUAAAGUAAGGAAACAUUCAGCAUAACUUUUACUUUGUAGAACAGUGCUGCUAAAUACUGGUGCAUGUGUAUUCAACAUGAGCGAUUAUACUGUGCUACAUGUUACGAGACACCUUGGUUGUAAGUUCACGCUGCACUAUUCAGCUGCUGUUCCAUAAAAUGGAAUCAAACCAACUGUCGGGGAUAAUCAAAUAAUCAGUGCUAGUAGGUGCCAUGCUUAAUUCUGUGCUGUAGCUUGCUUAUAAAUUUAAAAAUUCUUAUCUCUUGAAACUGGCUCUUAUUGAGAUUUAAUUCUGCUUCACUACUCUCGCCAAGUGUAAGAUACGCAAGAAUUCCAGACCACUAAAAGGCAAGGUUGCCUUCUGUCCAAGAGCCAGUCCAGGCCACCCUGUGUGCUACUGUAUUGCUGUACAUAGUUGUAGAAUAUGGCACGACGCAUGCCCUAAUGUAAUGGUCUCCCUCACAUGCUGUUUAGUGGACGUGCAUCAGAUUGCCGUAGGUGGCCCUCCUUGUUUUUUUCUCUGUUCGCCGCUAAGUGAGGCGCUUGCUGUCCAAACACACACAAAAGCAUAUGUCUAAGUUAUAUCUCCUCGCAUCAUCUUGUUGGCGAUGGUUCUUUGUGUUUGUUCCCUGUAUCAUACGGAUGCACUGUAGAUACACCCUUUUUUCACUGCAACCACACACACACUUUGGGGGACAGGCUGGUGACCAAUAAAACACUGCUUCUUUACCACCCUU